AUGGAUAAAAUUGAAAUUGAAGAGGAAUUGAUUUGUUCAUUGGCAGUAAAAGGUGAAAAAUCAAUACAUAAACUACUAUUGAAUAUAUUAGCAAUUGUAAAGCAAUUAAAAACCAUUCAAUCUGAUCCAGUAUUAACAUACCAAGUUUCAACUAAAGCUCAACAACAAUUGCAAUCACAACAACUUCAACAACCUCAAAGUAUUCCUUCUUCUACAAAUAAUUCAACAAAUACUAAUACUAAUAAUUCUACAACAACCACUACUACAUCAUCUACAUCAUCAACAACAACACCAACAACAACAACUUCUACAACAUCACCAUUAAAUUCAAAAGAUUCAACAGCAACAACAACUACAAAAGAACAACCAUCAUCACCAACAUUACCAACAUUAAAUUUAAAUUUUGUAAAUGAUAAUGAUAAAAUUAAAGAAUUAAAUCAAAAUUGCAUUCAAUCAAUUUUAGCAUUACAAAAAACUAUUAAAGAAAUUUCAUUAUUAGAAACUAAAAUAUCACAAAAACCAAAAGAUAAUAUUGAUAAUGAUGAUACUAUCAUGAAAGAUGAUAAUAAUAAUAGUAGUACCUCAGCACCAACAACAACAACAAUUAAUAUAGAAAAACAGGAUCAAACCUCAUUAUCUAAUGAAUUGGAAAGAUUAAAAAUGGAUGCAUAUCAAAAAAAUUGUGUAAUAAAGAAAUUAAUCGAUAAUAUGAGAUUACUUCAAUUAAGUAUAAAUUCAAUGAAUAGAACAUCGACUGGAACAGAUUAA